AUGCUGGCUGACGAAGAACACGAAUUUGCCAGCGCUCUGGGGACCUACAUGCACGGUCAGUGCAUCAGCGACCUGAAGGUGUGGACGAGUCACAUGAAGAGGACCAUCCAGACCGCCGAGGCUCUGGGGGUCCCGUACGAGCAGUGGAAGGCCCUCAACGAGAUAGACGCUGGUGUGUGUGAGGACAUGACGUAUGAAGAGAUUCAGGAGCAUUACCCAGAGGAGUUUGCACUGAGGGACCAAGACAAGUACCGCUACCGCUACCCUAAAGGAGAGUCGUACGAGGACCUGGUGCAGCGUCUGGAGCCGGUCAUCAUGGAGCUGGAGCGGCAGGAGAACGUUCUGGUCAUCUGUCACCAGGCCGUCAUGAGAUGUCUGCUCGCCUACUUCCUCAACAAGACUGCUCACGAGCUGCCCUACCUGAAGUGUCCUCUGCACACGGUGCUCAAACUCACACCUGUCGCCUACGGUUGUAAAGUGGAGUCUGUUUUUCUAAACGUUGAAGCUGUCAACACACACAGAGACAAACCAGUGAACGUGGAUGUGGACAGAGAGCCGGCGGAGGCUUUGGAGACGGUCCCGGAUCACAUCUAGAGGACGACACGGGGGAACUGGUUUAAUUUCCAUCCACCUUAAUGGAAAGUGGCCUUUAAUUUAAGUAAUACUAGUGUUCAUUGUUACCCGGGUAAUUGUUGUGAAAUGUAAAAUCAUUGUGACAUAUGAAAUGACACAUUUCUCCGAUGGCAGCCUAUUUCCAUUGUAAAGCCUUUUAUAAUGCAGGUUCCAGACGUCUGGUAUGAAGAAGAGGAGACUUCCUUUACUGUGAAAGUGAACUACUGCGGGUCAGGUGACCAGGAUCUCUGUUUGGAUAUUCGUGAACAUGCAUGUCUGUGUCCCUCAUUUCGCAUUUCCUCCUCCCUACUUGUAAUAAUACAUCAGGAAACUUUAAAUCGCCCAGUCACCUCUUCAUGUCCAUCCGACCACUUCACAUCGUGUUAUCAUGUGUCUCACAGAGGUACAUCAUAUGAGAAUCCAAACGACUGGAAAGCAGCAGUUCUUUUAACACACAGUGGUGCAAACAGGAAGUAGGGGGUUUGGUAACAAUGUAAAAUAAUACUUUAAAGAGAAAUAUGUGGAAGUAGUUCAACAUUUUGAUAAAUUAACGUAUUCACUUUCUUGCUGGGAGUUAAAGGAGAUAUACCACUCUCAUAUCUGUGCACUAAAUCUGAAGCCAAGGAAACACUUAGCAAGGUUAUCACAAAGCCUGGCAAUCUCACAGCAAGGAUAUUAGUAUUCAGUUUCAGUUUGUGAUUAGGGAGAUUGUAUCACAUUUAUUGACACACAAAUUAAAUGCUGUGUAUCCUUAUGGUCAUGUUAACCUUAUUUGUAUGCCUGCUGGCCGAGCCUCAUAUCUAACAUACAGAAAUAAGAGGGGUGUCGUCAUCUCAACGAACUCUUGGCAAGAAAGUGAACAAGUCCAAACUAUUCCUUAAACUAGGAUUGGCUUGUUCAUCGGAGUCAUUUCGUAUCCUGUCUAAAUCAACAAAAGGUGCAGAUCCCACUGGUAAUUAUAACCAGGGCGUGGUGUUCGUGCGACAGUGGAAAGAUCAUUUGUCACGGUGUUCUGGUUUUAAUAUGAUCAUUUAAAGGGACAUUUGGCACUUUAACUGCCCAAAUACCGUGAUGUGCCUCACAUGAGUUAAAUAUGAUUAUGCUAUGCACCCUCACUGGACACACACACACUGGAGGCAGAGGCACAGUGUGUGUGUGCUGUUUAUAACUGACAUUGGUCAUUUUAUUAAGAUACAUGAGGGACUCUGGUGCAAUAUAGUGUUUUUAAAUUGGUUUACAUGGACCUAAGGUCAAGUUCUGGCGGCCUGUAUCACAAAGCACGUUAAAUAUAUUUAAAUAUACUAGUGGUUAGCGCUCAAACACAUUGUAUGUGAUUAGGUUAAGGGGCGGGACAUCUCUAAGAGGUUGACCAAUCACAACAGAGCCGGCUAGCUAACCAAUCAGAGCAGACUGGGCUCUGGUUUCAGACAGAGGGUGAAAAGAGGUGCUGCAGCACAGACAGCAUGAGAGAAAUAAAGAGCUUUUUGAACAUUAAAGCAUGAGACAUGUCCCAGUAGAGACGCUACAUACUGAUGAGCAGAAUAGAAGGCCUUUAAACAUAACCAGCUAACUAACGGUAAGCUCUGUGAUACAGGCCUCCGGAUUUGAGCUCAUUUCUGUCACCUGGAGGACCAAUAGAAAAUACAAUCUUCUCAGGGGCCUUUGUUUUAUUUAAAUGCCACCACAUGAAAUAAAGUGUAAAUAAAUGCAUGUACUUAUUUCAACACAAUGUGAAAAGUGUCUUAGUCAGAAAUCUAGGAUUUAAAAGUGAUCCCUUUUUAAAACCCAUGUUCAGUUUGUAGCAGAUUCAAUGUCACAUCUGUACGUGUGUGCUUUGUUCAGGGAAACUGUAUCCACGUCACCGCUUUUUCAAACUGCUCUUAUCGUCCAUUGUUGUGCAAUUGUGCCCGUGUGUGUCCUGAGCUCUGUAAUAGGUAGCUGCGAUGUCGAAGAGUUACACGUCGUCUUGUCUAACAGCCAUGAGCGUAUGUGAGAAAAAUGAAUGAAAAGUCCAAAUAAAUGCAAUCAUUGAUCAAACACAAAAUCUUUUAUUUUCUGAGCGUGAACAAAUAACUGGUACCUUUUCAAAGUACAGGCAAUAAAAGCCUGAAUAUUGUGUGUGAUGUUAAAUGUGAUCCUAUUUGAAAAUGAAAUUGAAACUCAACAGCCUACAAAGGUGACGUAUGAAUAUACAAAUAUAUAAAAUAUUAAAUAGAACUCGGAAUGGAUUUGACUGUUGAGUUUAAACGGACUCCAAGGCGUUGCAAAACUGCAAACAAAAAAUAUGGUGACACAGAUGCAGUUCUGUCUUUCAGCACCAUCAUUCAAAAUAAAUAAAUUAAAAAGGUAAUACUAUAGAAGUUAUCUCUGGCUGCUGGUGCUGGGCUGUGUGGAGCUGGGCUGCGUGGAGCUGGAGCUGUGAGCCUCUUGGUACUGCAGACUCCAGCUCUGAGGGUCCUGUUCAUGGAGCUGAAAUCACACAACACAUCUUGGUUAGCGGACAAAUACUCAGCCAACUUUAAAUCACCCUUUCACCUCUUCCUGUCCAUCUAAACCACUUCAUGGUGUCUCCACAUUCACAGAGGUACAUCAUAUGAGAAACCAAACGACUGGUAAGCAGCAGUUUAACACACAGUGGUGCAAACAGGAAGUAGGGGCUCACCGUGCUGUUUGGUAACAAUGCAAAAUAAUACUUUAAAGAUAAAUGUGUUUAAGUAGUUCAACAUUAUAACUAAACACUUUCUUGCUGAGAGUUAAAGGACAGA